UGAAGCAACUGGACAGCUUUUUUGAUUUUUAGUCUAUUUAAUUUUUUGGUCUAUUCAUUCUUUCCAUAAACAUCAUGACAAGCAAAGACACAAAGGGGACAGUAGAUGCUGUAGGAGACAUGUACACAUUUACAGCGGAUCUAAGUAGGUUCUCACCAGAGCAAGUAAUCGUCACCUCCUCAAAUAAUCUCAUCCAUGUUUCUGCUGAGAAGUUGGAGUCAGACGGGACAAUCGUGGACACGUUUUCACACAAAUGCCAGUUUCCAGCAGAUGCAGACCCCAUAUCUGUGACCUCGUCCUUGGGUAAGAUGGUACUGACGUGAAGGCAUGCAUACAGUCCUGGUGCCACAGGUUUUCUGCCAAGGCAUUUAAAAGAGGUGCAAUUUCACCAAAG